UGGAAAUAUCACCAACGGUCCUCCAACAUGAGCAUUAGAUGAACUGGACAUUUAUCAGCCGAGGAAACUUACCUUUAAAUAAGUGGACAUUUAUCUUCGGCAUCACAAAGCUGUCUUCUUCAACGUUUUAGGGCUUAUUUUUUGAGCGGACAGAUCCAUUGGAGGAAGUUAAAAUGUCUAUCCACUUGUAUGAAAUGAGCAGUAAACUGCUCGGGGUGACUGUUGGGAAGGUGAGCGACAACUUGACCUCCGUGGUGUUGGCAGCUUCUGUCAUCACUCUCACUCUGGGAUAUAUUUCUAAGAUGCUGCUCAAACAGUCCUGCGACAAAGAUAAGAAAUAUCCUCCUUUCAUCCCCUCCAGCAUCCCCUUCCUGGGUCAUGCCAUUGCAUUUGGGAAAAGCCCCAUUGAAUUCCUUGAAAAUGCAUAUGAAAAAUACGGCCCUGUGUUCAGUUUCACCAUGGUGGGGAGCACAUUCACCUACCUGCUGGGCAGCGAAGCAGCCACACUGAUGUUUAACAGCAAGAAUGAGGACCUGAAUGCAGAGGACGUCUACUCCAGACUGACCACUCCAGUGUUUGGCAAAGGGGUCGCCUACGAUGUGCCGAACCCUAUCUUUCUGGAACAAAAGAAGAUGUUAAAGACUGGACUGAACAUCGCUCGUUUUAAGGAACAUGUGAAAAUCAUCGAGGCUGAGACCAUCGAGUAUUUUCAGAGAUGGGGAGACAGCGGGGAGAAAAACCUGUUUGAGGCUCUGUCUGAGCUGAUCAUCCUGACAGCCAGCAGCUGUCUGCAUGGGAAGGAGAUCCGCAGCAUGCUGAAUGAGCGAGUGGCCCAGCUCUACGCCGACCUGGACGGAGGAUUCAGUCACGCUGCCUGGCUCCUGCCUGGCUGGCUGCCCCUGCCCAGCUUCAGGAAAAGGGACAGAGCUCACACAGAGAUCAAGAACAUCUUCUUCAAGGUGAUUCAGAAGCGCAGAGAGUCUGGAGAGAAAGUGGACGACAUCCUGCAGACCCUCGUCGAUGCCACCUACAAAAAUGGACGACUCCUGAAUGAUAACGAGAUCGCUGGAAUGCUGAUUGGUCUCCUCCUGGCGGGUCAGCACACGUCCUCCACCACCAGUGCCUGGAUGGGUUUCUUCAUGGCCAGAGACAAAUCACUGCAGGAGCGCUGCUACGCCGAGCAGAGGGCCGUGUGUGGAGAAGAGCUGCCGCCAAUCGACUUUGAUCAGCUGAAAGAUCUCAACUUGUUGGAGCGCUGUUUGAAGGAGACGCUGCGUCUCCGCCCGCCCAUCAUGACCAUGAUGAGGAUGGCUCGCUCUCCUCAGACCGCAGCAGGAUACACCAUCCCUGUCGGCCACCAGGUCUGCGUCUCCCCGACCGUCAACCACCGUCUGCAUGACACCUGGGCGGAGAGGAUGGAGUUCAACCCUGACCGCUACCUCAACGACAAUCCUGCUGCGGGGGAGAAGUUUGCCUAUGUGCCAUUUGGAGCCGGUCGCCAUCGCUGCAUCGGGGAGAACUUCGCCUACGUCCAGAUUAAAACCAUCUGGUCCACUUUGCUGCGCAUGUACGACUUUGACCUGGUGGACGGAUAUUUCCCCACGAUCAACUACACCACAAUGAUUCACACGCCUCACAACCCCGUCAUCAGAUACAAAAGGAGGAAACAGUGAGAGGAGAGGAGCAAAGACAAGAGGAGGAAGCCGUCUGAGAACAUGCUGAAUGUUUGAAGUGAAGCUGUAACUUCCUGGGACUUUACUUUAGGAGCAUUUAGACGCACUUUGCUCUGCCCAAAUGUCCAAACUAUUUAGUUUUUGUGCUUCUUUCAGACAUUUUUUCCCUGAAUGUCAACAGCAAAACAUGAGAGAUAAUUACACUGACUCUUUGACUGACUUGAAUACAGAUGCUAAUAUUCACAAUGUGAAUUUUUAUAGAAAUGGUAGGUAACACUUUGCCUUGACAUAAGGGAAAUAACUGUUGAGUGAAUGAAGCUUUGGGGCCUUAGAAAGCAUAAGAAAGCCUUUUAUUUUGUGCAUUACUGUAAAACCAAGCGGGUCUUACUUUAGGCAGAUUUGUUUGGGAGGAGGAUCUAGGGUUUAUUUCAUCAUUUGUCCAGGGAACUUCAUCAUUCCUGCAUCACGAGGCAGGAGUGUGAAAUUAACAGCUUUACUGCAUCAAACAUUUAAAAAAAACCCAGUUACUGUAAAUAACUGUGAGCCUCUGGUGCAGUCUGAAUUAUGAUUCUGCUGUUGUGGGAUGUUACCACACUGCCACAGAUAGUUUUAAAAUAAGAUAAUCCCUUUUAUAAAGAACGACGUAAGAAAGGCAUCAACAUCAUCCCACAUUUGAAGAUAUAAACUUUACUGCUGUUGCCUAAACUUUGAAUGAAGUGAACCCUCCACCUGGACAUCGUUGAGUUGAUGAGCUGAUAAUCUUUGUAAGAAACAUUUCUGCAUCCCAAUACUUUUUACUUUUAGUAUGUGCUGCAGCUGCCCCUACAAAAGUAUGUACUGUUGCAUGCAGUAUGUAUAGAAUUGGGACAUACCACUUUGUCAUAAACACUGUGCCUUCAACUUUGACUUUUUGGCUCAUGUAUCUGUUUCAGUCCUCUGUCCAUGAGCUGUUAGGAUGGAUCAGUCCAUUUAACACAGGAUUGUGGGUCAGAAGAGUCAGAAAAGUGUGCCAGCUUGCACUCUGCAAAAUGCGACUGGAUGUGAUAUGACAUCCUGGUAUUUUGAGCUGCAAUAAUACUGCAUUUGGCAUAGUGCUACUACAUAGUGGAACAUACUUAACCUUUUUCUGGAGUGCUGUCACCUCAAUGUUGAAUUAAGUGCUUUUUCUUGUUUUGUUUUUAAAGGUGACCUGUACUAAUUAGGCACUUUCCACCUGGAAAUUCUGAACAAUGUCUUCCUAUUACAGAAAAUAUUAUGAUUAUCAUGACAUAUUUUGGUUUGUUUGGUCCUUUUUAGUUUGUUGUUGUCAUUAUUGUUUAAUUCUUUCUUUCAAUAAAGAAACUUUCAAAAAUCA